AACGUGCCGAGUGCCGACGACUCUGCCUUUUCCCCCAAUAAAUACGUCUCUCUUGCUCACAAUUUUACUCACACAAUUCUACUAAACCCAAAUAUAAAGAAACCCAUUUCUUAUCUGAUCAAACAUGGCAGGAAUCCUUCACAAGAUAGAGGAAACACUCCAUAUGGGAGGAGGUAACAAGGAAGGAGGCAAAAAGGAGGAACAUAAGGGAGUCGGACACAAAAAGGAGGAGCACAAGGAAGGGAUGGUUGAGAAGAUAAAAGAUCAGAUCCAUGGAGAAAAAAGUGGAGAACAUCACAAGAAGGAGCACAAGGGAGACGGGCACAAAAAAGAGGAACACAAGGAAGGGUUUGUUGAGAAGAUAAAAGAUAAGAUCCAUGGAGAAGAAAGUGGAGAACAUCACAAGGAUGUAAAGGAGAAGAAGAAGAAGAAAGACAAAAAGGAGAAGAAGAAAGACGGACAUGAUAGCAGCAGCAGCGACAGUGAUUAGAUCUGAUCUGAUCUAAUUGAACUGUAGUAUUUCAAUAUCUACUUAACCUUUCAUCUAUAGUAUUUUCUGCUAUAGAUCUAUCUAUCUAUCUGUGUAUCUGUAAUCGUCCUUUGGAUGGUUUGUGAAUGUGAUGGUAUAAUAACAAUGAAGUUUUUAAUUUA